UCCUCCGAGACUGCGCAAUCCCGAAUAUCCCGAAUGGUCGACUCCAAGGCCGUCGUCGCCGGUCUCCAGGCGUGGCUAAGCAGCCACGGCGUCUCACUGCAGGACUUCAACAUCGUCUACUACGGCGCUAGCGAAGGCCAUGGCGUCGUCGCCGCCAAGGACUUUGCCCAAGGCGAACACACAAUCGACAUCCCGUUCAAGCUCACGAUGAACGUGCAGUCGGCGCGGACGUCGGACCUGGCGCCGAUCUUCGAGCAAGAGCACAUUUCGAGCCUCCCGCCGGACGAGAUUCUCGCGCUGCAUCUCAUGUACGAGCGGCAGAAGGGCGACGCGUCGUUCUGGGCGCCGUUCAUUCGGAGCAUGCCGCAGACGUUCGACACGCCCAUCUUCUGGCCCGACGCCAUCUUCAACGAGCUCCGAGGCACGAACGUCGCGCUGCUCGGCAGCAUGAUGCGCCAGCAGAUCAUCGCCGACUACACAUCGAUCCACCGCCCUAUCUUCCAGCGGUACCCGUCGCUCUUCAAGAGCGAAACACUCUCGGUCGCCGACUACAAGUGGGCGCUCAGCGUCAUUUGGAGCCGCGCGUUCGGCGUCGUCAAGGACGGCGAGUACCUCCAUGUGCUCUGCCCGGCCAUGGACAUGUUCAACCACGACGUGCACAUCAAGGAGCCGCUCGACGCCUUUGUCAACUACGACGACAAGACGCAGCUCAUGAGCCACCGCGUGCACCAAGCCUGCCGCGCCGGCACACCGCUCAACAUUAGCUACGGCCCGUACUCGAACGCCAAGCUGCUCUACUCGUACGGCUUUGUCGUGCCCGGGAAUCCCAACCGUGGCAUCGAUUUCUGGCUCAACAUUCCGCCGUCGGACCCAUAUUACAAGCUCAAAAAUCACUUUUGGACGCAAGCGCGCUCACGGCGUCGCAGACGUACGACUUUGAAGGCACCUUGCUUGGCAACGGCGUCUCGGAGCGACUCCUCGCGACGCUUCGGAUCAUCCUCAUGCAAGAGACCGAGAUCGCCCACCGCAACAACGCCUUUCAAGGACGCAUGAUUUCGCGUCGCAACGAACUUGCCGUGUACGAUAAUUUGAUCUUGUCGUGCCGCCGCAAGCUGCAGUCCUUUACGACCACGUUCAAGCAAGACGAAGAGUUGCUGGCCGCGGGCACCAACAAUAAUGUGUACCUCAACUUUGCACUGCAAGUGCGCAUUGAAGACAAGCGCACGCUUCAAGACACGAUUGGGACGCUCUCCAAGUGGAAGGAGUUUCUGGUCGGCCAAGACGAGACGUCGACCGCGUACCCGCCCUCGGUCGUCGUUGGUUAGGGUUCUCAGGACAACUUCAUUCGCGCCUUGACAAUCAGUUGACAGUGUUAUUAGUAAAUAUCCUUAAAUCGUUGUUGAAACAUUCACGUA